AUGGACACAUUGCAAGCAAAGAGUGAGCCGAACAGCAGCUCGGAGAAUCCAACGUCUUGGAGCUCGGAUUGUGAAGAAUGGCUGAGCCAAUUGGCAAGCAUGAGUGGUCCUGGCGCAGGGUUGCGCAGUGUUGGCACGCCAAUGGAGGAGAUUGAUUCGAUCUUUGACUCUGUCUUUGCUCCAAUCGCGGGAGACCCGACAGUACCGACGACCAAGGCGUCAUUAUCAAACCAACUCCAGUUAUAUGGGAGUGACGAGGAUCUUCUGGAUGCCUACUACGUCUUCAUCCAUCCGUAUCACCCUAUUCUACCCCCACCCGAACGAUCGCCUGUAUAUAACCGCCCCUUGUGCCAGAGACCCGAGUUCGAGCCCUCUAGUCCGCUCAGCCUGGCCAUUUCGGCCAUCCUGGUUCUCAUUCCCCAUCCGGAGGAAAUCAAUCCUUCAAGAGCAGGGUAUGUCAAGCUUCGUAGGGAAUUCGCGCAUUCCUUCGCUCGAAACGCCCUUGCUGCUAUCGGGGUUGACUCGGAGUCGUUGGAUCAGCCUGAUGGUCUUCAAGGAUUAAACCGGAAGCCAUUCCAUCCUAAGCUACCUGUACAUCUAGAAAGUAUCGUGGCGCUCAAUCUGCUAAGUGUGUAUGAGUAUGCACAACGCGGAAAUCUGAGCACGAUGCGAGAUCGGGCUGGAGAGGCGUUGAGCAUGGCCAUGAAACUGUCACUGCAUGAAUCGCUUGACGAAGAUGAAUAUGCAAGCGGCAAACGAAGGGCGUGGUGGAUGACAGGCUGGAAAAUUCCAGUUGAAGCCCAACAAACUCUUCUGGAAGCUGUUGCGUUUGUCCGAGACCUGGAAGAGAUCAAGGUAUCAGGCUGUCCCAUUCCUGGAAUCGGUGAAAGGAUGCUGGAUCUGGACGCACAGAUCGGCUCCUUGCUGUUUCUUUGCAGAGACGCUCCGUCUGUGUCGAAGAUAGCUCCUCGGCUGGAGUCUCCAGAGUCAAUGGCUUCCAAGAUCAUGAUCACAGUUGCCGAGAUUCGAUUGCACACUGCGAGGAUCAAAGCUCACCGACUAUGUGCCUUCCAAGAUAUACCUAGCUUCCAUCAACGACUCUAUGAAUUCGGACCAACGCCUACUGACUCCGACCCUGACUGCCGCGCAGAACCACCAUGUCAGAAUGGAGUCCAAGGACCGCUAUCCACAGAUCUUCUACCACCAUCGCCCCUCCAACUCCCCUUUACCUCCCAUGAAUCGUCGAAAAUCUGCUUCCACGGCGCCCUCAACAUCGUUACUCUCCUCCACAACCUCCCCUUUCCGAACCCAACCAACGAAAUCCCGCUCAACAGUCCCCCAUAUCUAUCCACCACCUCCCGAGUCGAGAUCCCAAGAAGCGUCCUUACAUUCGCCUGCUGCGGAAUGCAGUCUGGUUACGUGAUGCUGAUGCUAUGUUUGAAAGCGCGGUCUCUCCGCGAGCGCCGCAUGGAAGCAUCCAACUUUGCGAACACGUCGUCGUUGACGGGGCUUCUGAACGAGUUGCACCAGAGCUUGCGGCUGCUACUUAAGUGCUUGACGAAUUGCUCGGUGGCAUUUGAAGCGCUGCAGGGCAUGCGAGAUCAGAUAUCCCUCGCUAUGGAACAGGAGUUUCAGAGGUAA